AUGGAGUCAUCAAGGAGCUGGUUUAAGAUAUUUAAGCAAGGGAGUAGUAAUGCAAAAAAGAAAGAAGCAGCUGCUGCAGAGAAUGUAAAGCUGAAUAAUAAUGGUGGUGUUGGUGUUGUUAAUAGUAGUAGUAAGCCACCAAUGGCUGAAGCACCUUCACAUGCAACGAAGCAGAAAGUGGAUGCAGCUAAGCAGUAUAUUGAGAAUCAUUACAAAGCUCAAAUGAAGAAUUUGCAGGACAGGAAAGAGAGGAGAUGGAUGUUAGAGAGGAAGCUUGCCGAUGCUGAUGUUUCGCAGGAAGAACAAAUGAAUAUACUGAAGAACUUUGAGGAGAAGGAAACUGAGUAUAUGCGUCGUCAAAGACAUAAGAUGGGGGUCGAUGAUUUUGAACUUUUGACCAUCAUUGGAAGGGGUGCAUUCGGGGAGGUGAGACUUUGCAGAGAAAAAACUACUGGCAAUGUGUAUGCAAUGAAAAAGCUCAAGAAAUCUGAGAUGCUUCGUAGAGGACAGGUGGAACAUGUUAAAGCUGAAAGGAAUCUCCUUGCUGAGGUUGACAGUGCUUGCAUUGUCAAGCUCUAUUGCUCCUUCCAAGAUGAUGAAUAUUUGUAUCUUAUCAUGGAAUACCUCCCUGGAGGUGACAUGAUGACAUUGUUGAUGCGAAAGGAUACCUUAACUGAGGACGAGGGCAGGUUUUAUGUUGGGCAGACAGUCCUUGCAAUUGAAUCUAUUCACAAGCAUAACUACAUCCACAGGGAUAUUAAACCUGAUAAUUUGUUGCUCGACCAAAAUGGCCAUAUGAAGCUUUCAGAUUUUGGGCUAUGUAAGCCCUUGGACAGUAGUAGUUUCCCAAAUUUUAGGGAGGAUGAGUAUGCAGUUGGAAGGAACAUGAAACCUCCAGCCGAGGGCAAUAAGCCUACUGCACCAAGGCGGACGCAGCAGGAACAGCUUGUUCACUGGCAGAAGAAUAGGCGAACAUUGGCAUAUUCAACGGUUGGAACUCCGGACUACAUUGCCCCAGAAGUAUUGUUGAAGAAGGGCUAUGGGAUGGAAUGUGAUUGGUGGUCUCUUGGGGCAAUUAUGUAUGAAAUGCUUGUGGGAUAUCCACCUUUCUAUUCUGAAGAACCGAUGUCAACAUGUAGAAAGAUUGUUAAUUGGAGAAGUCACCUAAAAUUCCCUGAAGAAGCAAAGCUGUCUGUUGAGGCUAAAGACCUUAUCCGUAAACUCCUAUGCAAUGUUGAACAGAGGCUGGGGACCAAAGGAGCUCAUGAAAUAAAGGCACACCCAUGGUUUAAAGGCAUUGAAUGGGACAGACUAUAUCAGAUAGAAGCGGCUUUUAAACCAGAGGUCAAAAAUGAGUUAGAUACUCAGAAUUUUGAAAAGUUCGAAGAGCUGGGGACUUCUCUGCAAUCUUCAUCAAAAUCAGGUCCAUGGAGAAAGAUGCUUCCAUCGAAGGAUGUGAACUUCGUCGGCUAUACAUACAAGAAUUACGAGAUUGUCAAUAAUGAUCAUGAAAUGGCAUCUGUCGAGUUGAGGAAAAAGAAUAAUGCACCAAAGAGACCAACUAUCAAGUCAUUAUUUGAGAUACCCGAUUCCUCCGAUCAGCCUGCUCAAGGAAGCUUUCUAAAACUGUUGCCCACCCAAGUCGAGGGAUCAGAAAGCCCUGAACUAUCUCCUCGAUCCACUCGAUCUUCACAACGACACCACAAGCCUUUAAGAAGAUAG